AUGAACUCGCCAAUACGGAAAAAACCGUUACCCAUGAGGGAUAACACUGAUACAACACCUGAUCGCAAGGGGAAGGGUAAAGAGAAGGUUCAGUUUUCAGCCUUUGAAGCGCUGCCGAGGGAGAUCAUACAAGAAAUACUGUACGCGGCCGACCCAAAUACUUUCGAUUCUCUCACUCUUGUCAAUUCGAAAUGGCACCAAGCCUCGAAAAGCCCACGGCUCUAUGCUCACCAACUGAAGCAGUGUGGUGCAACCGAUGUUCCGGAGGAACCUACCGAUGAUUCAUUACCAGGACUUAUUAGAAUGUUCACAGCAAAAGCGCGUCGUGAGUUAUUCGAGACCAUGCUGAGGCCGCGGGUGACGGAGAUCCAACUCAUCUGCGAGGCUUCGUCUUCGGCCGCUGCAUUUCCUGGAGGCGAGGCCUUUAGGUUCGAGUUCUCGCCAAAAGGAACACACCUAUUAGCAUUGAGCUCUAGUAGAAUAUUUGUACUGGAUUUAUCAGUGGAGGAGAUUUGUGUUAAACGUGAGCUUAAGAUCAGCAGGAGACCGGUAUGCGCAGCUAUCGUUGAUGAUGGGAGCGUGCUUGCUGUCCUGAGCUCAAAUCACACUGUCGCCCUAUACGAUCUUACCCAGACAAAGGCGCAGCUCAUAAAGAGCAUUCCGCUCGAAAACGCACCUCGUACUAUCGCACUCUCGCCAGGUGCGGAGGUUCUUGGAGCAGCUUAUAAUGGCGGCAUAGAGGUCUACUCAUUGCUUCCAGAUGCUCUCCCAACAGAUCGCCGGGCAGUGAACUGUGAUCCUGUCGAUACCUUGGCCUUUUCGCCAGAUGGAUCAAUAUUAGUGGGCACAACGCUGAACUGCAAAACGCCUACGACCGUCAUGGUUUCUGCGCAGCAUUUCUCAACAGACUUGCCUGUUGAAGGAUUAGCGCAGUUAUGGACAACCCAAGUCCUUUUCCCCAGAAGUUCGAGGGACAGCAGCCAUGCAAGCUUAUUACCGGAAGAGGAUGAUAGAGAGAAUACCUGGACUUUUACCUAUGAUCGGGUCUAUGAAAUGUUUAGAGCGGUCAGGGUUGAUGAUUUGAGGAACGGACACACAUACUUUACAGGACCCAGCGACGAAAACGGCGCUGUGGCACCGACUACGUUGCCUGCGCCCACCGGAGACGGAAGGAUGGUAGCUGCCGGAUUCUCGGGAAAGGUUUGGAUCUAUGGCGUUCCUAGGAAAUUAGAGUUACCAGCGGAAACACCGAGCCAGGAUGGGGAUGGCUCUAACGCUCCAUCUAGAAGCAACAGCACUUCCGGGAGGGCGCCAAAUUGGGUCAGUGGACAGCUUGGAACGAUUGUGAUGCCCCAAUGGCAAGUGUUGUGCGAUAAAAUGAGGGGUCCAUUUAUUGGAGGCAGGGAGAUUGGGGAUGUACAUGCGCUGUCUGGGAUCAAAUUCGUCAAAUGCAGCAACGGAACAGAGAGGCUGGUUGCCGUAGCCGGCGGAGGUGUAGAUGGAAUGCUCGGUGAAGGAGGGGAGGAAGAAUUCUUGGCAAUUGGAGGUGGGCGAGUGGUUUUAUAUGACCUAGGGCGAACUCCGAAGACAGCAGAGAAAACGAUAAUCACUAUUGAAAUUGGAGACGGGAUACAAGGGCCGGUCGAAACCCUUGAGGAGCAGCAUAACGACAUUGAAGUGGAGGUGGAUAUCGUUAGACGUAGAACUGUAGCUCAAAAGAGGGACAAUGAUAGAAGACGAAGCAUGCGUCCUCAGGGUGCACCAGAGAGCAGCCACAGCAAUAACUAUAUUCCCCCCAUCCCGAGACUACCGGCUGCAUUACAUUCCUCUGCGCCGCCACGGACUUCCCCCGGUCCGGUUCCAGUACGGAGGCAACGCACCUUCGACGAGGAGGAUGAAUCUACCGAGCCUAUAGAUCUACCUUAUUCUCAAGGGGAGCCACGUUCAAGAACUACUCUGCAUCGUGCUGCAACAGCUGCUAGGAACACACCACAACCGGCAACUGGAGGUCGAUAUGCCCGUGCACUUGGCCCAGACGGCAGGCCUGUGCCGCAAAACGUAGCAGCACCUCAGCAAACCCGACAUGAUGACGGGUCAGCCUGGGUUCCGCCACCACCGCCAUAUACUCCAAGAAACGAAGAUAAUCUUCCUUUACCAGAGCAUCUACUUAUGACCUUACAAGGGCCUCCUCGAGUAACAGAACCAUAUGUCCUGAAUGAUCAGCUAUCUCCAUCGCCAUCAAGAUCAAUGACUACGCUUCAGAGGACUAGAACAACUAUCGAAAGCACUGUGGGGAACAUGAUGAGGCGACCAAGCGCUUUCAGACCCACUGUUAACACUGGAGCCUCUCAGUCACAUCUUUCCAUACACCCAAACUAUAGCGCGGGGAACAUUGCUCAGUCCCGUUCAGCGCCCGUUAGCCCCGCUGUUGGGAUGCCGCCAUCUGUUUUUCAGGGUCCAAGAACUGGCCCAUUGCCUGGCAGUACCCUACAACCUCAAAGAACAUAUGUUGCGAAUCAACAGCGUCACAAUUCCCCACAACCACAGCAGAGUCAUGGCCGCAGAGGUAGUGCAGGAGAUGCACUGAACUUUCCAAACGUUCCGCCAAUUCCUGCUAUGUAUAGGGAGAAUUCUGCUCCGUUACCCCAGCAGCAGCAGCAGCAAACACAGUCCAGACAGCCGCCACCAAUACAAACCUCGCCGCCUUCACAGCCGCCACACACAGCGCCUCCGCCCAGACAAUACCGCACUUCAAUGCUCUCGCCAGGCUUACCACCUGGACAGAGAGACUCCCCCAACUACAGAGCAAUGCCUACGCGACGACCUAGUCCUGCAAGGUCUGCCUCGCGCGGGCGAAGGGUCGCAUUGCAAGAAUCAUAUGUUGCCGGAGCACCAACUACAGGUACUGGCGGACUCAGGCGCGGUAUGAGUACAACUAGAGGAGGAAGUGUUAGGAGUAAUGGGGGUAGUAGGAGAGGAAGCAGAGCGCAGAGGAGCGCAGCGAUUAAUGUUAGAGAUAGGAGGAGAAGGCAGGAAGAGAGAGCGCAGGCGAAUGAGGGGAGGAAGAGAGGGGGUGCUUGUAUCAUCUGCUAG